UCUCAAGAAAGCUUCCUGUGCUGCUUUUGUACUUGGCUGAUGACAGAAGGGAUAGCACAUGCAAAACGCCAAUUGGUCCUCCCCUGUGGCAGAGUUCAUUCUCCUGGGCCUCUCAGCCCACCCAAGGCUGGAGAAAACGUUCUUUGUGCUCAUCCUCCUGAUGUACCUGGUGAUCCUGCUGGGCAACGGGCUCCUCAUCGUGGUGACCCUCCUUGACUCCCGCCUGCACACGCCCAUGUACUUCUUCCUGGGGAACCUCUCCUUCCUGGACAUCUGCUACACAACCUCCUCAGUCCCUCUAGUCCUGGAUGGCUUCCUCACUCCCAGGAAAACCAUCUCCUUCUCAGCCUGUGCUGUGCAAAUGUUUCUCUCCUUUGCCACGGGAGCCACAGAGUGUGUGCUUCUGGGCAUGAUGGCAUUUGAUCGCUAUGUGGCCAUCUGCAACCCCCUUAGAUAUCCUGUGGUCAUGAGCAAGGCUGCCUACAUGCCCAUGGCUGUCAGCUCCUGGGCCAUUGGUGGUACUGCUUCUGUGGUACACACAUCCUUGACAAUUCAGCUGCCUUUCUGUGGGAACAACGUCAUCAACCACCUUGCGUGUGAGAUCCUGGCUGUCUUGAAGUUGGCCUGUACUGACAUCUCCAUCAGUGUGAUCAGCAUGGGGGUGACCAAUGUGAUCUUCCUGGGGGUCCCAGUUCUGUUCAUCUCUAUCUCUUAUGUCUUCAUCAUUACUACCAUCCUGAGGAUCCCCUCGGCUGAGGGGAGGAAGAAGGCCUUCUCUACCUGCUCUGCCCACUUCACUGUGGUGGUCAUCUUCUAUGGGACCUUACUUUUCAUGUAUAGGAAACCCAAGUCUAAGGAUCUCCUGGGGGACAACAAAGAAGACCUUUCAGACAAGCUCAUCCCCCUCUUCUACGGGGUGGUGAUUCCCAUGCUCAACCCCAUCAUCUACAGCCUCAGGAACAAGGAUGUAAAGGCUGCUAUGAGGAACUUGACGGCUCAGAAAUGCUUCACCCAGUGAUGGAGGCCUCCUCUGUGGUUCUCACCC